UGAUCCUUACAGGCACCCGUCCGAUUCUAUGGCAACGCAGCUGCUGUUUGUUCACACGCUAAACCGUUGGCCUAAGGCUGGCAGAACAGUGUCUGUAGAAACAAAGAGCCAACUCUCCUCAUUUCAACAGUUAGAGAGUAAAAGUGUGAAAAAUGUGAGUGUAUCUGACUCGACCAGCUCGCACAAGACUGUAGCUGCUCUACAAAAGUGCCUGUGCCCUCCCCCAGCCGGAAAGUGACAGAGAUGUGAGGCAGCCGGGCAGGAAGAAUGUCUUCCCAGGAGGAAGCAGCGGUGGUGCUGCCGGUGUGGGGACUCGUCCUCCCUCUUCCAGCUGUACUCAUCAUUGUCGUUGGCCUUUACAUGGUCGUCCUGGCGGUGGCGCUGUUGGUCCGACGCUGCCUCAAGGACCGUUGUUCUUUAGAGUGUGGAGACUGUUGUCCACACAUUUCCCCGUGUGAAAAAUGCCUUGAGUGGGCUGAACUGUGUGACUGUCGCCCACCAUCUCUCCGCUCAUGCCUGGACCAAACAUGCCCUUCUCCUUCUUGUGCCAGAUGGGACUGUGCCUGUACCUGCCAGCCUCCUGAGUGUGACUCCUUCAAUUGUCUCUGCUUUGAGAUCAAGAUCAGGUAGAAGGAAAGCCAAGCCAGUGUCUUCAAAAACAUUCAAAUGAACUCUCCUGUAGACUCAAAUAUUUUCACUACUGGAAUUCCAUACCAGCACCAUAAUAGAACACUACAGAGAGGUCAGUGUAAGCCUCAGGGAAUAAGGGAGUUUUCCCAGACACAUCACACAAAUGUAUCUAUAUUGUAUUUUCAGUGUUGAUGUUGUCUAAAGUCCGGUAUGCAGAGUUGGUUUAUUUUAGUUACAUCGCAGAGUGUAGCACAGCUGGUUCACUGUCACCUCACAAGCACCUCAGAAAAUCCCCUGGUGUUGUGUCAUGGUUGGAAUAUGAGAGGCCUUUAUGCUGAUUACUGCAACUGGUAAAAUCUCUUUUAAAUGUUUUCCCCUCAUUUCCUCAAGCCCGGUUGACCUUGAUUCUUUAUUUGACUUACUCUGUUACUGUAACCAAUAAAAUCUCACAGCCUUAUAUGAGCCACUUCUCAUGUUGACUGUUGCAUAAGCCGAGCUGCUGCUUCUGCUAAUCUGUUAACCCUUUGAAACCCAGGAGACCAUGGGCACUUUUUUAUUUAUUUAUCUAUUUAUUUGUUUUAUUUCUCCAUCUUAGUAUUGGGCAGGAAAAUGGGGAAGAAUUUUAUGGUAAGUUCUCCUAAUUGGCUGCUUUCAGACACCUUUAACACUAAAAAAAAAAAAUGCAUUUUUUUGCUACUGCUCUGGUAAUUUUUGGCUAAUUUGUCUCUUUUCCCCAUUUGUUUGAAAAACAAACAAACAAAUCAUGCGAAUUCAGGUUUCAAAGGGUUAAAGCCCAUUAGCAGUGCCUGUAUCUGUACUGUAUUUGUCAGUCUAUAACCUAAUAUUUACAGCGAGAAGUGUUUUUGGGUUAUAGAUGACCGGCCAUUUUUAUUUUCUGCUCACAAACUUGUUUUUUAUUGCAACUUCAACUCCAUUUUCUACAUGUGAAUGAUACUGAAAAUGGCUUUGCUCGGUUAUGUUUACUGAAAUCUGUAUUAAACGGUAUUGUCUUUUCUGAAAUCA